CCCACCACCAUGACUUCCGGUCCUUUGUAUUUGCGCUUCCCCGGAUUCAGUGGUGCUGUAGUCUGGGUUCCGGACUCCCUGCUGUCGGGCACCAUGCGCUCUCUCGCCGGCUUCUUCCUUGUGUUUGGCAGCGCUACCUUUUAUCUGUAUGUCCUGAGCACCAGGCUGCGCCCCGGUCACGGGCAGGAGGCUGAGAGGUCCCUGGUGUUUCCUUCCCACCUGGAUGAGCUGCGUGACUUGGCCGGCUUCUUACAGGACUAUAAGAGGGAACACCAGACGUAUGUCACACUCCUGUUCUGUAGCGCCUACUUGUACAAGCAAAGCUUCGCCAUCCCGGGAUCCAGCUUUCUGAACCUGCUUGGCGGAGCCCUGUUUGGCCCCUGGCAAGGCCUAUUCCUGUGCUGCACACUAACCUCGCUGGGGGCCACAUGCUGCUACCUGCUGUCUCAGGCAUUCGGCAAGCAGAUCGUCGUCACGUAUUUCCCCGGGAAGAUCUCCAUGCUUCAGGCUAAGAUUGAAGAGAACCGCAGCGGCUUGUUCUUUUUCCUCCUUUUCCUGCGUCUGUUCCCCAUGACGCCUAACUGGUUCUUGAAUCUCUCUUCACCAAUCCUCAACAUCCCCGUGGGACAGUUUUUCUUCUCAGUCCUCAUCGGUCUCCUGCCUUAUAACUUUAUCUGCGUCCAGACAGGCUCCAUUUUGUCGGAGAUCAAAUCUCUAGACUCCAUGUUCUCCUGGGGUACACUACUGAAGCUGCUAGCAAUAGCACUUGUCGCUCUAAUCCCCGGCACCUUUCUCAAGCGGUUCAGUCACCACAACCGGGGUUUGCCGGAAAAGGACAACCUGAUAAAUGGCAGAAAGUCCACAUGAGGAUCUCUCUCUGACCGCAGUGUCCUCGCUUGAUAGAAUCUCAGAUGCUACGGGGGAAAACGGAUUUGUAUUGGUAGACCUAUGACCGUACAAUCUUAUUGCAGUGGUUCCCAAACUUACUUGAAUGACGGCACCCUCGAGUAUCAGCAUUUUUUCCACGAUAGCCCCAGGAUAAAUUUUUUGAUUUAUUUUUUGCUAAAUUUGGAUGAAAAUCUUAAAUUAAGUAAAUUGUGUCUAGCGGUAAUCCUUAGGGUCAGUUAUGUGGUGGCGUACAGUUGUUCUUCUAAUUGUCCACAUGUUUUAUAAUCGGCAAAACCAGUGCUGGUGGCUGCCAAUCACUGACCAUAAAUAAUCUGAUUUGGUCAUGGACCACCAAACUGAGGCACCCUGCAAGAGCCUGGCGGCACUCUAGGGUGCCUAGGCACACCGUUUGGGAACCACUGUCUUAAGGUACGCAGUUCAAAGUUUAUUGUCAUCAGCCAGCACGUUGUAUUAGCAGUACAGGGUCCUGUCCUUCCAGAGCCAGGUGUUAUCACCACCGCUGGUUAUGAAGGACUUCAGCAUAAAAGUCUUUAGGCGGUUGUGUGUCCUCAGUGACUAUCAGUCAGUUUUAAAUGAUCCUUUUAUAUUGUGUAUAAUAAGAAUUUGUAGCUGUUGUUUGUGAACAUGUUUUGUAUCUUUCUGGUAUUUGGAACUGCCCGAGAGAGGGGGAAAAGAUUUUAUUUUUUAAAUUCUAGCAGCUCCAGUCAUACGCUUCCUGCGGUGCAAUCUCAGUUAUUUGGCACCUAUUUGUGUCUUCUUAGGACGACAGGCUGCUCAUUAUGGGACACUUUAAUACAAAAAGGGACCUUUUUGUCUGUGCUUAUUUAUUUCAUUAGCGACGUGAAUAUAUACUUUUAAGUGGGGAAAGGGGUGCUGCCUACUCCCGUUUUCCUUUUUAAAUAUAACUUGAUUUUUAUAUUUUGCUAACUUACAUGUAAAUUCUACAUGUUGGGCCUAAUGGCAGUAUUCAGUGCAAUAUGUAAUAUAUAUCCAUAUAGGGUAAAUGAUGACAAAAUGAAAUCUGGAAUAUUUGUCAAAUGACGUUAGAUUGAAAGCACUUUAGAGCUUUGUGAAGAGUAGAUGAUUCUGAAGGGCCCCAUACACUAGGACACAUGUUCUCAAACUCGGUCCUCAGGACCCCACAUGGUCCAUAUUUUGCAGGUCACCUGUUAGAUUUUUAAAAUGUAGCAGUUGGUCAUACAUAGUGCAGCUGCUGGGAGACAUGGAAAACGUGAACCGUGUGGGGUCCUGAGGACCGAGUUUGAGAAACACUGCACUAGGACGAUAAUGUCCGAUUUCAGGCAUUCGGCCCGAUAUAUCUGAUGAAAUCGGGCAUUUUGUAGAGGUUUCCGAUCCGAUUUCCCGUGAGCAUCGGAUCAGAUUGAAUGUGCUACACAUUCAAUCACAUCCGACCCCGCAGGCAUGGCUGGGAUUGCCCAGGAUCACCCAAGAUACAUCGUAUGCAAAAGGACAGGGUGGGAGGCUGCCGGGGGGUGAUCACCCGCGACAUGUCAGACGGACAUGUCGCGUAAGUGUAUGGGGCCCUUUACUUAUGGACGUCCCUAGUCACCUGACUAUCUGCCCCUUUCUGCAUGGCCCCGGAAAGCUGAGGUUGGUCGCACACCUGUUGGCAAUGCAGCCUAUCCAUUCACUAGGACCAAUGCUUUUACAGAGUGCGAAAUGGACUAGACACAGGGCAAAGGCCCCGGGAUGGUGCCAGAUUUCUGCCAAAGAGCAAGACAGCAGAGGAACAGAGGUUGGCAAAGGCCGAUGGGGAGAGUUGGGGUGAAGUAACAACGUUCCUUGCUAGGUGCAUAAGUUGUGUGGUGCAGUGCUAGGUGCAUAAGUUGUGUGGUGCAGUGUUAGGUGCAUUUUGGAGAGUAGGGCUCUUAGUAUUGCUGAGUAAGGAAGCACACACGGCUAUUUCCACUACGUUACAGAACUCGUGCCACAGCUAAGAACUAACACAGCUCACGUCUUAUCCUGUAGUUUACAUUUGAACCAUUUUUCUUAUUUCUUGCUGUACUUUUGCUAAAUGUAAACAAUAGGUCCCAGCACACAGGUGAUACAUUACACCAUCUCAAUAUGUAAGCCGCGGCUCACAUCUACGAGGCUUUUAGCUUGUAUUGUUGCCAUGAGAUCCACAAUGCGCAAAUAACGUGCACUCGUUAUGUCUCGUGUUUUGUCCUUCUUAUCCUAAAAUUAUUUAACUCCCUAUAUUAAUUAUAACCCUCUAUUUACCACUUUAUGCUUCAGUAUGUAUUGUAUUGGCUAGGGUGGCCAAUUCCGGGCCAUUUUUUCAAUCCCAGGUAAUAGGGAUAGAAAAAUGGUCAAUUCCGGGAUACCCGGGAUUGGUUUGUUUCCUGUGUCAACACCCCCUCCCCCUGACCCCCACCAUGCCCCGCCCAGCCCACAUAACUCACCACCAUGGUACCUGGGAGGGAGGGUAAGUAACUUCCUCCGGUUCGGUGAGGUCUGUGCGGCGUGUGGCUGGCCUGCGCAGCGUGACCUCUGACUUCACGUCACGCUGCACAGAGGGAGCCGAGCAGCGUCUGAGCCUCCUGAGGACACCCAACGCUGCCCGGCAUAAAAAAUCAAAGGAAUGCCUGAACCCGAAAUACCUGAGAUUGGAGCUUACAAUCCCAGAUUUGAAUCCCAGCAGUUUUGGCCUAAAUCCUGGGAUCCCGCCGAUCCCGAUAUUGGUCACCCUAGUAUUGACCACCAUUUAUUGUGUGGAGCAGGGUUACUCCCAUGAGAUUUAGAUUUUGGUUGGUGGUGGUGAUGGGGGAACGACGGCUCCUUCCGGUGCAGAUGGGAGUGCAGCCAUUUACGCACUAUUAAAAGACUGAAUUUUGUACCAGUUCUGCGUUACACGAGAUAUUGUCUUAUCCUAUACAUCUGUGAUUUAAUGCAAAAUGUGCCUUAUAAACGUGUACUGUUUACAUAUCGACCACUGUUAAAUGAUUGUUUUAUAUUGCCUCUUUUAUCAGAUGAAAAGUAUAUUAUUAUUCAGAAGUAUUAAAACGCUUACUCGUCCAUGUGUGGAUAA